GUCUAGCGGCAGGUGAGCGCGCGCCAUCGCCUCCUUCCUCGUGGCGCUGCAGAGCGGAGCAGCGGAGAGGAGCAGAGCGGAGGAGUCAUGGGAAAGCUGCAAGAAUUUGAAAUUAUCUUCAACAACAACAAGGUGGUUUACGGUCCGGGAGAGUCCAUCAGCGGGACCGUGCGUAUCAGAACCGGCACCUCGCUGCAAUAUAAAGCUAUCAAGGUGAACUGUCAGGGAUCAUGUGGGAUCUCCAACAAAAUGAACGACACAUCAUGGACUUUGGAGGAGCAGUACUUCAACAGCACCUUAUCUGUAGCUGACAAAGGAACAUUGGCGGCUGGUGAACACAGUUUCCCAUUCCAGUUUCUAAUUCCAGUUGCUGCACCGACGUCCUUUGAGGGGCCUUUUGGGAAGAUUGUUUAUCGCGUAAGGGCGGUGAUUGACACACCUCGCUUCUCAAAGGACUACAAAGCCCAGAAGCCCUUCUACCUGCUGAACCUGCUCAACCUCAAUGAGGUGCCAGACAUCGAACAACUAAGUUACGCUGUGACCACGAAGAAGUUCAACUACCUCCUGGUGAAGACUGGGACGUUGAUGCUGAAGGCCCGCAGUGACCUGAAGGGUUACAUCCCCGGGCAGGUCAUCAAGUUAGCCACUGAGAUCCACAACAAGUCUGGAAAGGACACGGGAUGCGUACUGGCCAGUCUGAUCCAGAAAGUAACCUACAAGACCAAGCGGCCACUGUUUGACCUGCGGGCCAUAGCAGAGGUGGAGGGAGCUGGAGUGAAAGCAGGCAAACACGCAGAGUGGAGGGAGCAGAUCAUCGUGCCUCCUCUUCCUCAGUCCGUGCUAGCUGGAUGCAGCCUCAUUGACAUUGAAUAUUUCAUUCAGGUGUCCCUAAAAUCUCCAGACGCAGUCGUGACUCUGCCCAUUUACAUCGGGAACAUCGCCGUGAACUUGUCCCCAUCGAGCACUAUUCCUUCUACUCCACAGCAGUGUGGUUCAUCCUCCACUGUCGCAUCAGCCACUGCCACAGGGGUGAUGCCCAGCGCCCCGCCGGCAGAGGAGCUUGGAGAGGAGAUGUGUGCAGGCGGCCCAGCCAAUGAGGAGAUCCCCACCAAGAGCCACUCUCAACAGGAUCCCUCCGGCCAACCCGUCACCAUGUCGCCAAGCGCCUUCAGCCACGCCCCAGGUGCCGCUCUGCCUCCCGCCCACUGGCAGCCUGACGCCUCUGCUCCCCUGUUCUGUGUGUCAACAGGAGCCACGAUCCCGUUCUUCACCGAGGGGAACGCCACGCCUGUCCCCACUUCCUGUUCUCUCAUCCUCCCGCCAGAGUACAGCAGCUGGGACUACCCACACGAGCCUCCACCCACAUACGAGGAAAGCUGCAGUAGCGGCGACUCUAGUUUCAACAGCAGACAGUAGCCGACAUGUGCCAGAUUUGGGUGAAAAAGUUUGAGCCGAAAUGAUGACAGAAUGAUGUUUGAGAUCAACGAAAUGUGGAACACUUUUAUUCUAACCUUUGAGUGUCAUUAGUUCCAUGUUACUGUUCGUGCUUCCCAUUAGAUGCAAGAUUUGUGACAGUUGACAGGAGCCAAUGUUUGCGAAAAUGGACAAAACUGAGUAUCGUGCCAUUAUCAAAUACCUGAAUUUGAAGGGAUUAACUCCCACACAAAUCCAUGCGGAUAUGGUUGGGACUUUAGGAGACAAUGCUCCUUCAUUUGCAACUGUGAAAAGGUGGGUAGCAGAAUUCAAGAGGGGCAGAGAAAGACUCGAAGAUGACCCAAGGUCUGGGCGACCUUCCACUGCCUCCACCCAGGCGAAUAUUGAUCGUGUUCGGUGAAUUGUGAGGGAUGAUAGUCGACUGACUAUUCGCCACAUAGCUGCUGCUGUUGGAAUCUCCCACGAGAGAGUAGAGAACAUUCUGUCUGCAGAACUUGGAAUGGCAAAGGUGUCCACUCGAUGGGUGCCGCGUAUUUUGACUCCUGAUCAAAAGCGAGCAAGACUGAUUGCAUCACAGGAGAACUUGAAGCGUUUUGAAGCAGAUCCAGCUGAUUUUGUGGAACGUUUUGUAACGCAGGUGGAGUGUUUGCUCCAUCACUUUGAGCCCCCUCCUAAGAAAUCCAAAGACCUUUCAUCUACUGGGAAAGUGGGAGUCUUGGUUUUUUGGGAUGCAAAGGGGCUUGUGUUUGCAAAGUACCUGCCAAAGGGGCAGCCUGUUAAUGACGAAUAUUACGCCAGCUCACUAAAGCAGCUACGUGAAGCUAUCAAGGUGAAACGCCCAAGCAUGUUGACAAAAGGUGUCUUGUUUCAUCAGUGUCCCUCCUCACAGGUCAGUUGUUGCCAUGGAUACUGCUGGACUGCAGCUUUGAAUUCAUUCCACAGCCGCCUUACUCUCCUGAUUUGGCACCGUCAGAUUUCCAUCUGUUCCCCAACUUGAAGAAACAACUGACUGGAAAACACUUUAAGGAUGAGAAUGAUGUGAAAUCUGCCAUUGAGGACGUCUUUGACAAGCA